CAUCGCGUUCCGUCCGCGGUCGAGUCUCCGCGCCCCCGGCGCUGGCCGAUGGAUCCCGAGGCGGCCGGGGACGAACUGUCCCGCCUGCGCGCCCUCUUCCUGGCGUGCGACGCCAACGGCUCGGGCCGCAUCGAGCGGGAGGACUUCGCUGCUCUCUGCGCCGAGCUGCGGGUGCAGCCGGCCGAGGCCGAGGCCAUCUUCCAGCGCCUCGACAGCGACCGCGACGGGGCCAUCACCUUCCCGGAGUUCGCCCGUGGCUUCCGCGGCGCCACGCGGCAGCAGCCCGCUGGCAGCGAGCCGGGGGGCGAGGACAUGGAGGAGGAAGAGGCGUCAGCGGUUUGGGUCGCCGCGGGGCUGGAACAACCCUGGAAGGACUUCGAGGUGCGGCUCGGGGACGAGGCGAGGUACAUCCCCAGACAAGAGCAGGUCAGUGUUCUGUAUCAGAACAUACACAUAGCAGAACCAAGAUUAAUCCAGCCAUAUGAGCAUGUCAUUAAGAACUUCAUCCAAGAGAUCAAACUUCAAAGCACAGAGAUGGAAACUCUGGCCAUAGCGGUAAAAAGGGCUCAGGACAAAGCAGCAGUUCAACUUAGUGAGUUAGAGGAAGAGAUGGAACGACGGAUACAGGCUGCAGAGCAUAAAGUUAAAAAGGAAGAGAAGCAAAAGGCUGAAGAAGCACUAAAUGAGCUGAAGCGCCAGUAUGACACUGAAGUUGGGGAUCUUCAGGUGACAAUAAAAAAACUUAAAAAGUUGGAGGAGCAAUCCAAGUCUGUCAAUCACAGGGAAGAUGUAGUUGAACUGAAAAAAAGGAUACAUGAUAUGUUGCUGGAAAAUCAGAGACUUAGGAAAGAUCUCUUAGAAGCGCAGACAAAUAUAGCUUUCCUGCAGAGUGAAUUAGAUACCUUAAAAAGCGAGUAUGCAGAUCAGUCUUUGAACACUGAGAGGGAUCUAGAAAUUAUUCGAGAGUAUACUGAAGACAGAGAUAAUCUGGAAAGACAAAUUGAAAUACUUCAAUCAGCUAAUAGAAAAUUACAUGACAGCAACGAUGGUUUAAGAAGUGCACUGGAAAACAGUUUCAGCAAGUACAACAGAUCAUUGCGGUUGGCAAAUACCUCACCAGGAAGUACCAUUUCUAGGAGCAGUCCUAAAUUUAAUGGUGAACAUUCUCCUUUAAACCCACGGUAUGACAGGUCAUCUCAUUCUUCUUGUGUCGAUGAAGAUUAUGAUUCUUUAGCCCUUUGUGACCCGAUGCAAAGGAUAAACUGUGAAGUUGACAGCUUACCUGAGAGUUGUUUUGACAGUGGUUUGUCUACCCUGAGAGAUUCAAAUGAAUAUGAUUCAGAAGUGGAAUAUAGGCAUCAAAGGAUUUUUCAAAGGUCACAGUGUAUGCAAGAAGGCUUUGGUGGUGAUGCUUCUGAUACAGAUGUUCCAGAGAUCAGAGAUGAAGAAGCAUACAGUCCUGCUAACAGCACUGCAGUUUUAGACUGGAAGCCCUCACGACCAGUGAGUCGAAGCAGCUCAGUUGCUUCAACGAGGAAAUACAUAUCUGCUCUCACCCCUCAGUCAGAUGCAGCUGAAUGCUCUCCAAAAUACCCCAGUACAGAGAAGGCUUACAAGAUUGUUCUUGCUGGAGAUGCAGCAGUGGGAAAAUCCAGUUUUCUUAUGAGACUUUGCAAGAAUGAAUUUCAAGGCAAUACCAGUGCAACUCUAGGUGUGGAUUUUCAAAUGAAAAGACUAAUUGUUGAUGGAGAACCUACAGUGUUACAGCUGUGGGAUACGGCUGGGCAGGAGAGAUUUCGAAGUAUUGCUAAAUCAUACUUCAGAAGAGCAGAUGGUGUCUUACUGCUAUAUGAUGUAACAUGUGAAAAAAGCUUUAUUAAUGUGAGAGAAUGGGUGGAUAUGAUUGAGGAUGCGACUCAUGAGAAUAUUCCAAUUAUGAUGGUCGGAAACAAGGCAGAUCUCCGUCAAGAUAUUACAGAACAAGGGCAAAAGUGUGUGCCUAUAAACUAUGGAGAAAAGCUGGCUAUGACUUACAAUGCACUAUUCUGUGAAACAAGUGCUAAAGAUGGAUCUAAUAUUGUAGAAGCAGUUCUUCAUCUUGCUCGUGAAGUGCGAAAACGAAGUGAUAAUCAAGAUGAUACAAGAUCAGUAACCAGCCUGGCUGGGACACAUGUCAAAAAGUCAGCACUCACAAAAAACUGUUGUAAUAUUUAA